CUUUCGUAUUCAUUUAAUCUUAAAAACACACACGCAAUGGAAAGAACACUAGCCUUUUUAUGUGUUUCUUUGAUCUGCCUAAGUCUCUCGGUUUCACCUGUAGACGCCUACGGUAGAAGCCAACUUCGGUUUAAUUCAAAUGGCCGGUUUAAAAUUCUGCAAGUGUCAGAUAUGCACUACGGUUUUGGCAAAGAGACGCAAUGCUCAAACGUAACACCGGAAGAAAGUCCUUACUGCUCUGAUCUCAACACCACCUCCUUCAUACAACGCACUAUCGCUUCCGAGAAACCCGAUCUCAUCGUCUUCUCCGGAGACAACGUAAAUGGAAUGUGCGAGUCGGGUGACGCGGCGAAAUCAAUGGACAUGGCAUUUGCUCCGGCGAUCGAAGCGAAGAUUCCAUGGGUGGCCAUUCUUGGGAAUCACGACCAAGAAUCAGACAUGACAAGAGAAACAUUGAUGAAGUACAUCGUGAAAAUGCCUUACACGUUGUCUGAAGUUAACCCUUUCGGUUCUUGGCUAUAUCCCAUCGAUGGCUUCGGGAACUACAAUCUACAAAUCGAGGGUCCUUUUGGGUCGCCUCUCUUCUUUAAAUCCCUUCUCAAUCUUUAUAUGCUUGAUGGUGGAGAUUACGUUAAACUCGAUGGGUUUGCUUUUAGUUAUGAUUGGGUUAAGUCCUCUCAAGUGAACUGGUAUGAGCACGCUUCCAAAUGGCUAGAGAUGGAACACAAGAAAUGGCCAUUUCCACAGAAUAGUACGGCACCGGGGUUGGUUUACCUCCACAUUCCAGUACCCGAAUUCAAACAGUUCAGCACACCGUCAUAUGGAGUGACUGGAGUGAGACAAGAACAGACAUCUUCUCCACCUAUCAACUCAGGUUUAUUCACCAAACUUGUCGAAAGAGGUGAGGUCAAAGGUGUUUUCAGCGGUCACGACCACGUUAACGACUUCUGUGCCACACUUAAUGGAGUCAACCUUUGUUACGCUGGUGGUGCCGGGUAUCAUGGGUACGGAAAGACUGGAUGGGCAAGGAGAGUAAGAGUAGUUGAAGCUCAGCUUGAGAAGACUAAGUAUGGAAGGUGGGGAGCCGUUGAUAAAAUUACAACGUGGAAACGACUCGAUGAUAAGAAUCAUUCUUUGAUUGACACUCAACUUCUUUGGUCCAAGAACACAAGUAAGUAA